CUCACUCAAACAACACCGCCAUGGAUGACGAAAACACAGAGCGGGAGUUUCACCACCCGUACCAGCCUUAUGACAUUCAGAAGCAGUUUAUGAACGCUGUCUACGACUGUCUGGAAGGCGGCAAAGUCGGCAUUCUCGAGUCGCCGACAGGGACCGGGAAAUCGCUGAGCCUGAUCUGUGGCUCGCUCACAUGGCUACGCGAUCACAAGAGACGGACGUUUGAGGAAGGGUUUGAUUUGGGCUCGGCGGAUACUGACGAGCCUGCCUGGCUAAUCGAGCACACACGAAAGCAGAAGAGGCGCGAAGCGCUCAGUCGAAGAGAAGAUCUUAACACUCGCAUCGCAAAGAUUAAAGCGAAGGAAAAGCGCGUGAAGGAACGCUACCAAAACGGCGAGUCUCAUACGAAGCGACAGAAGAUUGCCUCCAGCGCAGAUGCAGAUGAUGCAGACGAGACGCGUUUUAUUCUCGAUGACUACGAAAGCGACGAGGAUGCCGCUCAGAAACGGAAGGCGACAGCCUUCGACGACUCUGGGCUUUCUGCUGAAACUCAGGCUUUGAUGGAAAAGCUAGGAAUGACUUUGAAGAAGAAGGAGCAGACCGAGGAAGUCCUCGAUGAGACCAAGAUCUUCUUCUGCUCCAGAACCCACUCCCAGCUCGCCCAAUUUUCGGGCGAAUUGAAUCGCGUGAAGAUGCCACCAGCCAUCACGCCGGAAGCGUCCCUAGAGGGUGGCGAUGAAGACUCCCUCGUUGAGGAUGUGAAGCAUCUGACUUUAGGUUCAAGAAAGAACCUGUGUAUCAACCCGAAAGUCAGUAAACUCGGCAGUGCCACAGCUAUCAACGAGCGAUGCCUUGAGUUUCAGCAACCCGGGACCUCCGCAGAGCAUAAGUGUCCCUUCAUGCCGACAAAAGAGAACGAGGCCCUAGUCAAUGAGUUUCGCGACCACGCGCUUGCGAAGAUUCGGGACAUCGAGGACCUAGGGUCGCUGGGCAAAAAGCUUGGUAUAUGUCCAUACUAUGCUUCACGCCCAGCUACCAAAUAUUGUGAGAUUGUCACUUUGCCAUACCCUUUGCUCCUUCAGAAGUCUGCUCGUGAGGCGCUUGAUCUCUCGCUCAAAGAUCACAUCGUCAUCGUGGAUGAAGCGCACAACUUAAUGGACGCAAUAGCUGGGAUUUACUCAGUCUCCGUAACUCUCGAUCAAGUGCAGCAAGCUCGGGCGCAACUUACUGUUUACCUACAAAGGUUUCGCAACAAGUUGAAAGGAAAGAAUCGCGUCUACGUCGCACAAACUGUCCGUCUGCUUGAUUCCCUUAUCGCGUAUCUUCAAUCAAAGAAUGCCGAUCCCAAGUCCGCUGAUGGCUUGGUCGACGUUGGAGCGCUUAUGUCCGGAAAAGGCGUUGAUCAGAUCAAUAUCUACAAGCUACAUGCAUAUCUCCAAGAGAGCCGACUGGCUCGCAAAGUUGACGGCUAUACGACUUACGCCGAACAGCUGCAACAAGACGGCUCUAAAGUCAAUCGGGAAAGGGCCACUGAACGAGGACCGCGGCAAACUGUCCCCGUACUCACGCAUGUCCAAGCAUUCCUGCUUUCUCUGAUGAACCCAUCGGCGGAAGGGCGAUUUUUCUAUGCGAGGGAAGAGGCGGCCAAUAUGACAAUGCGAUAUCUCCUACUUGAUCCGACGUUUCACUUCAAAGACAUUGUCGAGGACGCAAGGGCAGUAGUGCUCGCAGGUGGCACAAUGUCCCCGAUGAGUGAUUAUGAGCAGCAUUUAUUGUCCUAUCUACCACCCUCGAAGAUUAUGACCUUGUCUUGCGGACAUGUGAUACCGCCGUCAAACCUGCUUGCUGUUCCGGUUGUACAGACUUUAAGCGGCGAGGAAUUUAACUUUACGUUCGAAAAGCGCAACUCGGAGAAUAUGGUGAUCGACCUCGGCCAUGCUCUUUUCAGGGUUGCACAACAUGUACCUGAUGGUGUCGUCGUUUUCUUCCCUAGCUACUCUUAUCUCGACACCUGCGUUGCCGCUUGGAAGCGCCUCCGUCUCUCUGCGUCGCCCGCUUCGUCGACAUUCUGGGAUUCUCUUCACAGCAUCAAACCCGUGUUUCUGGAGCAACGCAGCCAGCCGCAGGCUUCGGAGAAUAAUUUGACGAAAGAGGCAGCCGUAGAUUCGGUGCUAACCGCCUAUAGCACCGCUAUCGCUCCGAGUAAUGGCCGCGGCGCCCUUAUGUUCGCCGUCAUAGGCGGCACGCUUUCCGAAGGGAUCAACUUCAGCGACUCCCUAGGGCGCGGGGUUGUCGUGGUGGGCCUACCGUUUCCUAAUCCGCAUUCAGCAGAGUGGAAAGCGAAGAUGCAAUAUAUCUCGGCCAAAGCCGCCACUAACGGUCAGGAUGGCAAAGCAGCAGCACGCGACUUUUGUGAGAACGCAUGUAUGCGUGCAGUCAAUCAAUGUGUCGGACGCGCCAUACGACAUCAAGGAGACUACGCCGCUAUUCUCAUGCUAGAUAGGCGUUAUGGCACACCACGGAUUCAGGCUAAGCUACCUGGAUGGAUUCGGGAGAGUUUGGCGAAGGGUGCAGGGAGGGAGGAAAGAGGCGCGUACACGUCCGUUGCGCAGACCGAGGAUGCCAGCGCGGAAUUAACGGCGCAUGGGAAGGAAGUUGAAAAUGGGUCCUCAGCCGACAUGCCAGACAAUCACGAAGACCGCAAAUCCCUGGAUGGACCAGAAAGUCCGACAUCAGACGGGCAAACCCCCACCCCACACGACCUCUCCACGCUCCCCCGCGUCUCGGACACCCUCCCCUGGGGCGCCUUCCUCGUCGCCAUCGUCGAGCUCUGCGAGCGCUUCGCCUAUUACGGGCUCUCGGGCCCCUUCCAAAACUACAUGUCCAACUCGUACCACGACCCGAACGGCCUUCCUGGCGCGCUCGGCCUCGCGCAGUCGGGCGCUACCGCUCUGUCUAACUUCUUCCAGUUCUGGUGCUAUGUGACGCCCAUUCUGGGCGCCGUUGUCGCAGACGGGUAUCUGGGCAAGUACACGACGAUCAAGUAUUUCAGCGUUGUGUAUAUGAUGGGCAUUUUUAUUCUGUUUGUGACGAGCUUGCCGUGGAGCAUUGAGCGCGGGGGCGCGUUUCCAGGCUUGAUUGCGGCGAUGGUUAUUAUCGGGUUGGGGACGGGCGGGAUCAAGUCGAACGUGAGUCCGUUGAUUGCGGAGCAGGUACGGUCGACGAGGCCGUUUGUGAAGGUUUUGUCGAAUGGCAAAAGGGUGGUUGUGGAUCCGGAGGUUACGGUGCAGAGGGUCUACAUGAUCUUCUACAUGUGCAUCAACAUCGGCUCCAUCUCCGCGAUCGCUACUACGACACUGGAACUGCACGUUGGGUUCUGGAGCGCGUAUCUGCUACCGCUGAUCAUGUUUUGCGUCGGAUUCUUCGUCCUGGUCUCCGGGAAGAAGAGAUACGUGAUCAAGCCGCCCCAGGGAGGCGUCAUCGGAAACUGCUUCAAAGCGCUCUGGAUCGCCGCGCGGAACCGCUUCGAUCUCGACAAAGCGAAACCCUCAUUCCAACAACUAGGAAGGAGAAGGUACAAAAUCUCCUGGGACGACAAAUUCAUCGACGAGCUGCGCACCGCCCUCGUAGCCUGCAAAGUCUUCCUCUUCUUCCCCAUCUACUGGGUCACUUACUCGCAAAUGAUGAAUAACUUCGUCUCUCAAGCUGGCCAAAUGCAACUGCACGGCCUCCCCAACGACAUCCUCCCCAACAUCGACCCCAUAACCAUCAUCCUGCUCAUCCCACUGCUCGACCGCCUCAUCUACCCCUUCAUCCGCACGCGCCUGCGCCUCGCCUUCACGCCCACAACCCGCAUAACAUGGGGCUUCCUCAUCGCCGCCCUCGCCAUGGCCUACGCCGCCAUCCUGCAAUCCCGCAUCUACGCCGCGCCACCCUGCUUUUCGCACCCGUCCGCCUGCCCCGCCGGCCUAAUCAGCGCGAAUAAGUACAAGCCGAACGAGAUACACGUCGCGUGGCAAGCGCCGGCGUAUAUUCUCAUCGCGCUGAGCGAGAUCCUGGCGAGCAUUACGGGGCUGGAGUUGGCGUAUGCGAAGGCGCCCCAGGAUAUGAAGAGCUUUAUUAUGAGUUUGUUUUUGCUGACGAGCGCCGGGGGGAGUGCGUUGGGCAUUUUGAUUGCGCCGAGCGCGAGGGAUCCGCAUUUGGUGUGGUUGUAUGCCGGGCUGGCGUGUGCGGCUGCGGUGGCGGGUGGGGUAUUUCAUUGGUGCUCGCAAAAGGAAAAGGUAUCCUGCCACCCAUUAGCAGCACACUCUCACGCGAAAGACAGAAUGUUACAACUCACCUCCUCCAUCCUCCUCUCAAUCCCAUCAUUCACCCUACCCCUCUCCCCCAUCAACCUCUCCCUAACCUGCACCGCCUCAUCCCAACUCAUCGGAAACUCCUGCACCGCAGCCAUAAUCAUCUCAAACAGCUCUUCGGGGAGGCCCGCAAAGCACUCAAUCCGCCUGACCUCCUCGGCCCACCAGUCCUUCCGCUGCAGCGGCACAUGGGCAGUAGAUAAGAUGGGUAUAUGCGGAUCGAUUAGGAACAUGGCGAGGAUCUUGCGGUGCCCCGGUUUGCUGCGGUCGCGGAGAGAGAACGGCUGCACUUGGUGCUGGAGGAUGUUGGGGAAAGCGAGCAGGCGGUCGGGACGCGUGAGGAUGUGGCCGAGGGAGAGGAUGGAGGAGCCUUCUUGCUGGAUGCCGUAG